AUGACUAUGGUUUACUAUCUACGACAAGUUUUUUUCUCUCAGGCAUCCGAGCAUGAGCAGAAUGUUGAUGAACCUAUUGGCGUUGAAAAUGGUGAAGGUAAUUUUGUUGUUGAUCCAUAUAUUGGAAUGGAGUUUUCUACUCAUGAGGAAGCUUAUAAUUUCUACAAUGCAUACGCUAGACUUAAGGGAUUUGGUGUUCGCAAGGGUCACACAACUUGGUCUAGAAAGAAAGAUGCAAUCAUAUCUAGAAUAUAUGUAUGUGACAAGGAAGGUUUUAAAUUUUUAAAAGAUAAAAGAGAAGAUGGUCGGAAUGUAGUUCGAAAGUUCGAUACAAGAUGUGGAUGCAACGCAAGGAUGGUUAUUGGACUUGAUAGAAGCACUGAAAAAUGGGUGGUCCGAAAUUUAAACAUUAAUCAUAAUGGUCAUCCAUUAACCACCCCAAAUCGGGUAAAGAAGCACUACUCACAUCGGACACUUCAUCGAGCUCAAUCGACAAGAAGGUUGAUAGAUACUGUUGACAAUCAAGGUUUACGGCAUUCUACCAUUUGUAAGUUUGUAGACGUUGCUCAUGGAAAUGAGCAAGGCUCUCUCACUCAACAAGAAUGCCAAGCACAACUUAGAAUUAAACGAAAAAAUAAUGUUGGUCAUGAGUGCGUGAGCAUAGUUCAUCAAUUUCAAGAGAAAAAGGUAUCUGAUCCUCAAUUUUACUUCGCACUUGAUUUAGAAAAUGAUGGGACGACGAGAAGUGUUUUUUGGAUGGAUGGUAGGUCGAGGACUUCUUACUUGCAAUUUGGAGAUGUUGUUUGCUUUGAUGUUACAUAUAGAACGAACAAUUUAAAAUUGCCGUUUGCACCAUUUACGGGCGUUAACCAUCAUCGACAGUCUACUCUAUUUGGGUGUGCGUUACUGGCCGAUGAAACGGAGGAGACGUUUAUAUGGUUAUUUAGCCAAUGGUUAAAAUGUAUGUCGGGUAUAGCACCAGUAACAAUCAUCACUGAUCAAGAUAAAGCUAUGUGUGGUGCUAUUCACAAAGUUUUUCCUAAAACUCGCCAUCGCUUUUGUUCUUGGCACCUUCGUAGGAAUGCCUUACAAAAUCUUCAAUCAAUGCAUAAUGAUUAUGGUGAGGAUGUUGGUGUAAAGUAUAACAAAUGGUAUUGGAGUAAAUCGGAAGAAAAAUUUGAAAAGCGUUGGGAAGAAAUGAGGGACAAAUAUGGUGCAGAUAAAAGGAGUUGGUUAAAAGAACUCAAGGAUAGUUACUCCAUGCUUCAUGAGAGGUUGUCGAAGGAUGGCGCAAGUGCUACUUAUGCCGUUUGGAAUAUAGAUCGCGAGGCUGAGAGCAAAAAGACGGUAAAGCAUCAUGUUGUUUUCGAUGCAUCCAAAGAUAAAAGAAUUAAGUGCUCUUGUGAGAAAUUUGAGAUGGAAGACUCAUUUUUUGAAGAAGUUGGUGCUUACAAGAAAGAAAAAGAACUUAACGAUAAUGGAAAUGAGAGCAAUGCCAGCAAUAAGAUGCCUACUUCAUCCAUACCCAUCUCUGUAGAGGAAGCAACUCAAAUCACUAUUCGUGAUCCAGAUAAGCCUAUUGCCACGAAGGGACAACCAACACAAACUACUAGAAUUAAGUCUGGAAUGGAGAUAGCACAAGAAAAGGGUAUAAAAAACAAAGAUUUUGUGGAUUUUGUAAGGGAAAAGGACAUUAUAUAA